GUGGUGAUCAACUGCGGUAUAGUCCGCGGCCUCAAAUACAACCAGGCGACGGCGACGUUUCACCAGUGGCGGGACGCGAGACACGUUUACGGCCUAAACUUCUCUUGUAGAGAAGAUGCUGACAGUUUCGCGAGAGCCAUGAUGCAUACGCUGGAGAUCCUAGCGAACAAGCCGGCGGGCAACUCGGCGCCGCCGCCCCCCCAGCCGCCCAACCCACCGGUGCCCUACAACGGGCACAACGCGCACACCUACGACGAAGACAUGGGGUACAGAACGAUGACGCGGGAGGACGCGGCCAUCUUCCAACAGCCGCAGUACCACGCGCCGCACAACCAGCAGCACCCGCAGUACCUCGCCCAGCCCAGCCAGUACCACGCGCCGCAUCAUCAUCAUCAGCCGCAACAGCCGACCCCACCAGCGCCGCCCCCACACGGCGUGCACCACACGCUGCCGCAUCAGCCCAGCCAGCCGACACCAGGACACCAUCGUACUAAUAGCGCGCCCAUGCCACCCAACAUGACUCUGUCAGCGGCGGCGGGCGGGCCGGCCGCGCCGCCCCCCGUGCCGCCUCAUCAGAACUUGCCGCACCAGAACCUGCCGCCACCAUCCAAUGGUCCACUAGCGCCACCUACCCCGCCGGCCGCGCCGCAGCCUCCACCAAUGCAGGCGGGAGUGACGCCGGCCGCCGGUCCCCCGCCGCCGCCCCCGCCGCCCGCUGCGCCCGCGCCCGUGACGUCACCGCCGCCACCCCCGCCGCCGCCUGCGCCUGCGCCCCCGCCUGAUGCCACCGGCCUGGCCGCGCAGCUGCAGCAGGCUAGACUUAAGAGACAAGCUAAGACGAACGGCGUCCCAAGCGCGGAGGCAGCCUCUCCCCCUGGCGGGGCGGAGCACUCGGGCUCGUCGUCCUCGUCGGGCGGGUCGGCGUCGGGCGCGCGCGGCGGGACGCUCUCCUGCAUGAUGAACGAGAUGGCGCGCACGCUGGCCCGCCGCCGGGCGCAUCUCGACAGGGCCGAGGAGUCAUCGACAGACAACUCAGUGAACAACACUCCCAUGAAGACCUGGGAGCGGUCGGCGACGCUCCCGCACCGCCUGCCCGCCGCAUGUAAUGGCACCGCUUCCAACUCAGAGUCCACGACACAACAGCAGCCACAAUCCCCUCGCUCCGUUCGCAAAAGAUUCGGUUCUGCCAGCGAAGAAACUAUACUUAAGCAAGUGAACGGCGGCAACGAGGGCGGCUGCGUGUCGGCGGCCGAGUGGGACGCCUUCAAGCAGGAGAUGAUGCGCGAGAUGCGCCAGCAGCUCAACCAGAUGAAGAAGGAGAUAUUAGACGCUAUGAAGGCAGAGUUCGCGCGCAGGUAAGGCCGCAUGUCGCGCCGAGUGAAGCUAGUCCCCGACGCCGAAUGAACACAUAUUUUAUUGUAUACUCUAAUACAGGCCAUCGGCCACACACUGGCCCAACACCUUCAAGGAUUUUCAACUUCAUCUCCAAUAUAAUAAGAGCUAGUUUUAAACAAACAGCUCGCGAGUCAACGCAGCCUCAGUUUACGACCUACAUUUUUGACAUUCGAUUUAAUUUAAGGCCUCAAUUUUGACAUUUAUUUACAAUACCUUCGUGAUAUUUUUAUUAUUAAUUAAUUAAUGUUGCAUUUAUGGUACAUAAUAAUUGUACUGUGUUGAAUGUUUGUGGGGAUUUAAUAUUAACAUAAAAUAUAUGUUCAUAAUAUAGGCGCGGAUUUAUGUGAUCAAAUGACGUAUUACGUAACUUAGGGAGCUAAGGGUCAGUGUGGACAUGUUAAAAAAACAACGAUGUACAUGGCAACACCAUUGUAUUAAUGUUGCCAAUUAAAAAUCGGUCUAUAACGUCACUCGUCAAAACGUGAUUUGAUAUCGAUUAGAAAUGUUGUAAUCGAUUUGGUAUCGAUAUGUAAUGAAGAACAUAGACUUAACGCACGAAUAUCGAAAGCAUAAAAGCAGUUGUGUUUUUUAAUUUUAUACUUAAAUAAAAUAUUUAUUCGGGUACGUAUUAUACGUAGUGAUAAGAUGUCGAAUGUAUUACACUUAGUAUUUAAAAUUUUACUUUUUGUUUUCUUACUAAUAUCGAGGAAAAUCCAAAAAAAUAUGUACAUUUAAAGUAUAGUCAACAAGAGUACACGUACGUGAAUUUUUGUUUCUAACACCACCCCGUUACAUAGUCUAAUUAAAAAACGAAAAUAAAAAGUAAAAUUUUAAAUAUAAUAAUGUGGUUUUUAAAUAAAAUAAAAAAUAUAUAAUUGUACUAUCCAAUUAGCGUCAAGUUAUAUUAGUAUUAUUCUAUAUUUAUUGACUAAUAGGCUGCGCCGAUUUAGAAUAGGUUAAUAUACAUUAUAUGCUAUGGGUAAACUAAUAUUACAUGUAUGUAAACAACUGAACUAGGUAAUGAGCAGUAAUGAUAAAAUCGACUAAUAAUCGUAUACAUAUAAUCGACUAAUUUAUUUUUAUCGAUAAGUACAUCACUAGUGUAAUUGAAAAGUGAGGAAAUUUAAUUUUAUUUAUCGUUUAUGUACGUACAAUAUUUCUAUCAUACUGUCUUAAAAUUUGUAAGGCCACUUUACUCAAAAUUUAAAACAAAACCCUAAAACUGAAACACAUAUUUUCAUUCCACCUGUCGCUACUAUAUACCUUAAAGUGACAGAGAUACAAUGACACUUAACAGCGCCUAAGAAAUACUACUUUCCUUUAACUGGGCGAUGUUUUAAUAUCAUAAAGGCUAGGCUAAAAGAAUAAAAAUGCCUUCAACCCUAUAAAAGGAAACCCCAUUGGUUUUGAACUGUUCAUUACCUAAAUAUUUAAUUCUGGUGAAUAAUUAAUACACCUACAGGUCACCGUAGACUACUUCCCGAUAGAAAGUCUUCCAUACGACAUAAGGUUCAAAAUUGUUUGUUCCGAUUUUAGUGGCCUCUUCACUAGCCAAAGCAAAUUACACUUAACACUUUUGCAUUAGAAUCCAAAUUCAAUCACUCACGUUAAAAUUAUACUUAGUUUUCUGUAAACAUUCCUAAUGAUAUGACUUUCUAGGCCGUCAGUGCAAUACAAUAUAAAAUCUAAAUAACUUUAUAUAUAAAUUGCGUCAUUUUAACUAGGUAUUCUUGACAAGGACACAACUACAAUCUUUUACAAUAGAAAACUCAAAUGUAUGGAAAUUACAUUUCGUUUCAAUAUCACUUGUCUUUGACCUGUCAACUCCAUACAUGCAAACAAACUGACGUAAGAAAGUACUUCACUAUAUGAUGUCCUUGUACGAUCAUUUGUCUCUAUAUUUUAUAUGAAAAAGACAAAGACAGCAUGUCCCUAAAGGCCACAUAUUUCAGUAUCGUUUAUAUAGCCAUUGAAUUGACGUUGAUACAGUUACCACGAAUAGUGAUUUGGCCGAAUAACAUGAGUGACAUCUCUAGUUAAUACUCGAAUAUAGUCUUAUUUUACUCUCCAAACGGUCAAGGCCAGAAAAAGUAAUUAAAUUCCAUGCUUAAGUCUAUUUUUAUCGAAUAUAAAACUAUUACACAUUUUAUAGGCAACACUUGCACUGACUAAAGAAUUCCUAUUUAUAAGCUUUGACUGAACUCUUUCCAUUCCGUUCUAAAAAGACAGAAUUUUGGACUUGUGGACUUGAAUUUUUAAUAUUUCACGGAAGAAAAUCAAAUCUGGGUUGCAGAGACACGGUUUAGUAGUUUUCUUCUUCUCUUAGAUUAUGGUUGAUAUACAAUCUGUUGUCAAGAGCUUAAACCACCCUCUAAAGUAGGCGUCGUUAGAAAGUUCUCGCGUUUUCUCAAGACGCGUUCCUCCGCCUGUUUUCAUGAUAUCUAUAAUGCGAUUCAUCGAUUCGAUAAGAAGAAGAUUGUCAUUGGUGUUUUAGUAGUAUAGUUGAGUUGUAUCCAAAAACAUUUAACAAGUCGCAUAAACAAAGUCAGAUCAUUCAUAAUCAGCCUAUCUAAAAUCGACUUCUAAUGAGGCUUGGCUUAUAGACUCACUUUUGGAUAAUCCUCAAAGUAGAUUGUUACAAUAACUUCAUUGGUAGCUGCGUCCAUGUUUGAAGAGUCCUAAGGUCUGGUUAAACCGAUGUCACAUUCUUGAGCACUGCUCAAAUGACUCUUGGGACCGAUGGCUUAAUGUGCUCUCUCAGACAGGUUUACAGAACAUUGUAAAUAUCCUCUUAUUCUCGAUAGUUUUAUAAAUGUAUAGGAAUAAGUCGAGAAGAUCUAACAUGAAAUGGUGCCAUCAAAGAAUGAGGCUGAUUUUAUCUAAACCGAGUUUUGCUGGUUGGUCUUUGUAUAUCGGAAACUUGCAUUGCCUAGUUUACAAAGGACUUCUCAUUAUUCUUAAUGUGUUACAUACAGCAAAGGAAUUUGAAUAAAAGGAACAUCUCUCCAUAAAUCUAGUUCGGCAUUAAAACCACGAAAACAUAGCAAAAGUCCAAAAUAACAGCGUAUCAGCUAUCAUCGGGAUCAAAAGCCAACAUUCAAAGCACCAUUUCUCCGUGGGGGGACGGAUUAGAAUACUAUUCCCCCCCGUCGCCGGGCAAGCGAGUCGUAAGAGGCGACGAACCCGGCCGAGGUGGUAGGCGCUUACCAGGGAUUCUUGUUCACAAGGGUCCCGGGUAAACCCCGACUGGAUCGACACCACCCUCUUACUUAAGUCUGUGGAGAUCUCUCCCUGAAAGUAAGAGGACGGACUGCCUCAGCUACGUAUACGGAAAAGUUGCGCCUCGAGUCAUUGAUUACAUUUCUCCCUACUUUCGAUGAAAUCAAUAACUCGAGUCAUAAAAACUUUUCCAGCAUAUGUAUCUGAGGAACGUGUCCGUUGCCAGUGACUUUUUAUACUUGCAUCCUUUACCGCUAGAUUUUGUUCCUUGCGUUGCUAUUUAGCGUUCUGCCGCUGUACUUCUUUCAAACCUCUACCCGACUAUAUGUCGGGACAUUAACUUUCGUUGGGCUAAGCGACGGGUUUCACAGUACUGCUGUAUCCGCGGUGCUGUGAACAUCAGCCUCUUGGCCCUUAGGCCCGACUCGGGGUACCUUUUCAUCUUGGUGUUGUCGUAGUGUAGUUUGUAGGUACCAGGGGUCGGAUUGAACGACAUUAUCUCGUGCUUUCCGCGCAACCCCCACUCGGGCCGCAUUGUCCCGGCUGGCUCCCGGCUCGUCGAAAACAGCUGCCACAACUCUACUCCCCAGAAUGUCAAUUGUUGGUAACUACUGACACUGACAUUCAAUAUGUAACAUCUCGGAGGAGCGGUGUGUUCAGACAAGCCGGCUGGCCCGUGCAGUCUCCUCGCGUCCCGCCGGCCUUGACGGCGGUGAGUCGACUUGAAACUCGACUCAGAACGGGCGCGAAGAGACGUGGGAAACACUUUAAUUUCCGCACCAUCAGUAACGAUUGCUUUAAUUAAUUUAGGAUCACCUCAUCUGUAAAUACUCUGUCUGCUUGACGCGACCAUCUUGCGUCAACCGACGUGUUAGCUAUCGCGAACAUCAGCGUUAGACUAGUCACGUCCGCAGGCGUCACCCAAGAGUCUUCGACAACCGGCUGGUUUGGCAAACCGCUUCUUUAACAACGGAUCGAAAGGCUCUUCUUGUACAGUCCGUGUAAAUAACCCUUAGAUAUAUCGAUGGCGACAGUGCCAAGUCGUCACUUUCCUUGAUGCUGUCGCGUCGGUAUCUAGGCUAGACCCCCAGUCGACGCGAGGCUGUUCCGUGGUGAACUGUAGUACUGGACACAUGCGAUCGUGAGAUGUAAGUUCUGAGUCUCUACCGCCAGUCUUAAAGGAAUAUUAUUGCAUUUGUGGAAGAGAGACGCUGCUAUACUUCGUGUAGUGGCUGUCACGCUUCCAUAACUUCAAUAAUGUUCUUUUGAGAUACGGCGGUAGGCCAUAACUAACAUCUUACGAUCGCAUGAGCUCUCUAUCACAGUUUCGGCGCGUUCGUCGUUUGCCGUGUCUCUGUGGCUCCGCAUUAAGCUAGAUUUGAUUUUCUUCCUCUUCGAUUAGGUCGUUAUGCUAUCACUUAUUUCUACCGUAUUCUCAGUUCCAAAAUUUACUCUAUUUACGUAUUUUUUGUGAUUGUUUGGUAACUAAGUUGGGCUUACACUCUUCGUUGUUUUAAAACUUCUUCUUCUUUAUCCUGUUUUCAAUUUCCACGUUUUGUUGGAACAUGUAAGAUUCGCGUUGUACUGAAGAUAAUUGAUCGAAAGUGUUUGGUGAAGGGGUUUCUUUGAGAUUCUGUGUUGUUUGUGUCAGAUACCCGAAAAACAAUCCCGUUUUCAGGUAUAUGUUACUGCAUCACUGAGUCAGAAGUUUCCUCUACGUCAUCAAUUUUGGUCCAUUCGUUUUAGAGCAACGGAAACUUAUGUGUUCCACGAUCUAGUUCUGUGUUCCAGGCGUGAUCGAAAAAUGUGAAAAUUUUACGCAAAAUAAAUCAAAGAAGUUGCUUUAUUACAACUCUAUUUUAAUUAUUUCGAGUGUCUCAUUAUCUAAGGAUCAUUUGCAUUUUGCUCUAAGGAGAUUUGAAACGACUAUAUAACCACGAGAAAAGUCCUCGACGCGGCUUCGUUUUAGUUUUUAAACAGCUUAAGGCUUGUUCAUUUUUUUGUUGGCAAUACUGCUGCAACAAAUAACAUGUGACGCCAUUGUUGUAGAUGUCGUGUGCCAAUCAUUUUCUGACAGACAUAGCGAUUCUGUCGGGGUGAUCGGGGAGUGAUUGACCCAUUGCAGAAACAACAGUAGCGCCAUAAGCGCUGUUAUAGAUUCGCUCAGGUACUGAACAACAAUGGUCUUGAAACUAAUUUAUAUACGAUCGCUUUUAACGUUAGGUUCUUCACGAAUCGCGGAAUAAUCGACGUUAUCUGCUAUCCUACUGAUCGCUACAUAAAUUAGUUUUUGGCCAGUGUUGGACUACUACCAAACGAACUUAUAACAACGCGGUACGUUUUCUGAAAAUAGGUUGUUUUUACACAGAGCUAUUAUUGAAGGCCAACCCCUGCAGCUUAAAAUAAUAUUAUUGCCACAACUGCGAUAAUAUUAUCUUAAGAGAUGGUGGAAGGCUCCCUGUUUCAAUGCUUCCCAUCGUUUCGCUAUUAACAAUUCUGUCGACCGCACUUGGACUGAUUCCCAAUGAGAAAUGUUUCAUGACAAUGCUAUCACUAGUCAACCAAAUACAUAAUCUUUGUGGAAUCAACCCAAGCUGUAAUUAAGUGGGUAGGCAGACAUUGUACUUAGCGAAUGCUGGUAGCAUUGGAUUCGAAAAUAGCGCUGUGUUUGAUAACCACUUUUUUGAGAACGUUGUUUUGCCAACCUGCAACUGCAACUGUCUAUGAGUUUUUAAACUUUUCCGCUCUCUCUCUUCCAACGCAUUUGAUUUGAUAACUUUGUUAGGUGUGCAAAAAAUAAAAAUUGAAAAUUUUUAACUUGACACUUCACAAAGUUAGUCGAAUCAAAUGCAAAGGUUAUUUCCAAAAUCGUUACUCUGUUAGGGAGUUGUAAAAAUCUACAUUGAGUAGAAUUACACUAAAAAACGAUUUGAAAACCCCCAAACGCAGUAACGGUUUUGUAAAUUUUGACAUUUGUCAAUCUGACAGCCAAAAGAGCGGGAAAAUUUGACAUUAUAGCUGUAGACCGAGAAAUACCGGCCUAUUUGUAAAAUUAAAACUUAAACAAUUUUCAUAGACUUGAUGUUAUAUACGGAGAUGCAGUUUUCGAACGUUUUACGUAGAUCCUCUUUUGGGAUUUCAUAUUCAUUAAAAACAGUUCGCUUUUGCGUACGCAUGUCGCCUACAUGAUGAGAUGUAAAGACAGUUUUUUCAACUAUUACUUAAACAAGUAUUAAUCAUAAUAAUGUAUGUUACACGUAACUUCAAUUGAAGUGAAUGUAGAAAGUUUCCACCAUUGAAUAUUCGAGAUUGAGUUAAAACUGGUGCUCGCCGUCAUGUAUGUAUUCCAUUUUUAUUUAAUGACUGACUUGCAUUUAAUAUAGAAAAAAUAUUUUUCAUUUUUAUCUUCUAAAAAUAUAAUAAUACCCGAAAAAUCGUACAUUAACAAAAUUCGUAGUGAUAUAUUAUUGUAUAAGUAAGGCUAAGUAUUAAAAUGUUUAAAAAGGAACUAACCAAAUUUAGUUGGGUUAAUUUAAUUAUAUUAUUGGUCUCAGUUAUGUCAAAGAUAGAAGAAUGUAUGCCAUUUAGCGAGGAAUCCUGUAAUAACGUAUCGACUCCAUUUUGAUUUGUUUUUAUAUUAUUUUGGAGUCCUAUAGUUAUUGUAUUAUAAUAGUUCUUUGAGAACUAACGAUGUUUUAGUCGAUUUUCUAAUUUACAAAAAAACAGUUAUAGAAAUAUACCACUUAAUAAUUCAAUAAUAAGAUAAUAAUAAAAUAUGUGUAAGUAAAUGUGUAACCAAAGUACGAAUCUUAAUUCAAACAUAUAUCGAUAGUGAUGUACCCCAUGUGUUAGAAAAUCGACUAAUUAGAAAAAAAAUAUCCAGUAUUUUUAUUUUGUUUAAAAGUAACGACUUAAAUUCAUAUUUUUGUUAGUAAUUUUUUGUGGUGCAUUAAUAAUGUAAGAUGGUUAAUUGUUAGGUGUGAAAAAUAUUCUUGGAAAUACGAUAUAUUAGUAAACAUAUCUGAACAAACUAAAUAAAUUAUCCACAUAUAUGUAAUAAAAAACUGCAAUAGACCAUUCGAAUAACCAAGGAAUCCAAGUAAUUUAUAAAAAUUAAAUGGCAACACAAUCAAACCUUUGUAAAUCAAGAUAUAUCCGGAGUAAUCUAUACAAAAAAGCCAAAAUAGCAACACAUACAGUCUAAGCGUAACAAUUGUUUAAAGAAUUUUUCACACCUCACAACUUGUAUAUUGGAAGGGAAUUUUGUGUAAUUUAUUGCGAGACACUAUCUCCUAACGUAUAUUGUCGCUAGUUUAGGCUAUCAUAGUGUUGUACUUUAUAUCAUCAUGUAUUAUUUCAAGUCACAUCGUGUAAAUAGAAUUUUUGGUAACGAAUUAUAUUUUUUUUUGUGAUCGUA